AUGUCUCUCUCUCUCUUUCUCUCUCUCUCUAUCUAUCUCUCUCUCUUUCUCCUCUUUCUUUUGUACCCUUUCAACCCAGAAAAAAGUCAAGUCAACUUCGAAGGAAGGUCAGGGACGAUGGUGAGAUUUGACCCGGUCAGAGGUCAAAGGUCAGACCAUAGGCUUUCCGUAGUGGAAGUUAACAUCGAUCGCGGUAAAAAAGAGCUUGGCAUAUGGUCUCAAGAUGGUGGUCUCACAUUACACGAAAAGCCUCAAAAGCCGGCGAUCCCGGGUUCGAAAGCAGUCGCGCGAAACCUCACAUACAUCGUCACCACCAUACUGUCAGAUCCCUACACGAUGAGGAAGAAGUACUCCAACGAAAGCAGUAGCGGAGAUGGUAGUAGUAGUAGCAAUAAUAAUAAUAACAACAACAACAACAAUAAUAAUAAUAACAACAAUAACAAUGAAAUGUUUGAGGGCUACUGUGUUGACCUAGCCAAGGCUAUCAGUGAGGAAUUGAACAUACAAUUCAAGAUGCAGCUGGUGGCAGACGACAAGUUCGGCGCCAAAACCGACAGUGGAGAGUGGAACGCGGACAUAGCAAUCGCCCCUCUAACUAUAUCGUCACUACGGGAGAGAGUCAUAGAUUUCAGCAAACCUUUCAUGGAUUUGGGGAUUUCAAUCAUGAUUAAGAAGCCCGAGAAACAAAAAUCUGGAGUCUUUGGCUUCACACAACCGCUAUCCAAGGAAGAGAUCGGCUUAGCAAUUUUAAAGUUGCUAGAAAAUGGAACCCUGCAGAAGAUGCACAAGCGAUGGUGGUACGACAAAGGGGAAUGUUCCGCCGAUGAAUCAAAGAACGUUGAAUACGUACAGCCAUCGAGUUUAGUCACUCUGUCAACAGUUCAAUCCAGUGACGUCAUUUUCACCCCACACUUUCAAGUCUGA